AUGAAUUCCGAUGGUUUCUUUUUCUUUAAGUUUGAUUCGAAGGAGGGUAUGGCCAAAGUGCUGGAAGGGGGCCCAUGGUUAAUCAGGAAAGUUCCUUUAUUCUUGAAUGUAUGGUCGCCGUCUGUUAGUUUGAAGGAGGGUAUCAAAACUGUCCCGGUGUGGGUAAAAAUGUUUAAUGUCCCUAUUUCUGUCUACACAGAUGAUGGCUUGAGUCUAUUAGCAUCCAAGAUAGGGAACCCAAAGAGACUUGAUGGCUACACGGCUGAUAUGUGUGCGUAUAGUUGGGGAAGGAGCAGUUUUGCUCGGGCAUUAAUUGAGAUAGAUGCGGAUCAUGAACUGAAAGAUCAUAUUGUUGUAGCCAUACCGAAGCUUGAUGAAGAUGGGUACAUUACUGAAAAGGUGAAAAUUGAAUAUGAAUGGCAGCCACAACGUUGUUCGAUUUGUUGUAUUUUUGGCCAUAAUGACCAGACAUGUGCCAAGAAUGUCCAAAAUAAAGAGAAACAAGUGGUUAUUGAUGAGGAUGGCUUCACUGUGGACAAGAGGAAGGUGGCUCGUGGGGGUAUGAUGCACAAGAAGCAAAAGCCAAAGCAGAAAUUCGUUUAUAGACCUAAAGUGAACAAGUUUGGGCCGAGCACAUCAGGCACGAAACAGGAUAAGGAGGAUGAUACUAGGAAUGAAAAGGUGCAAACCCAAAACCCUUUUGAUGCUUUACAUAUGGAUGAUGGGGAGGCGGAUGUCUGUAUCACGCGAAAAGUUGGUGACGGAAAGUCGAGUGGGAUAGAAAAUAAUGGAAAAGCUUCUCGAGUGGAUGAUGAGGUGGUGGAAACGGUUCCUACUGAAAUGUCUGCUUUUAUGCGAUGCGAGCGGCAAACACAAUCUGAGGGGGCAAGCACUCCCGGUCACAAUGGUGUUAAUGGAUAG